AUGGGAGAGAAGACUUUGUUUGUGAGCCUGAUAUGCAGUAAAGCUGGAGACGCAAUGAUUAAGAUUUUCGAGGUUUUUGAAUCCUUGAAGCUGAAAAUCAUUACAGCAAAUGCCACAAUUGUCUCAGGGAUGAUCAAGAAGACAGUAUUGAUAGAGGUAGAUGUGGAAGAGAAAGAUCUUCUGAAGAUGAAAAUUGAAAGAGCUAUUUCUGCUUUAAGUGGUCCGUAUAAUCUUAUGAGCAUGUGA